UAAAAUACCUAAAUAUCGUCAUCGACAGACAAUAUUUGUCACAAAAUAUAUAAUAGAGUAUUUGUAUAUUUAUAAUUUAUUCUUUGCUCGUGAACGUUUAUUAUGCUGUUUAAUCAUAAUCAUAUUCUAGGGCUAGAAUAGAAAGCAUAACAAACAGACAUAGAAAUAUAAAUCAUUAAACUGUGGUAAACCUUUUAUUAAUGUGAUUUGUGGACAAAAUAUCCAAUAUGAGAGGUGAAAAAGUACGGGAAUUCUUUUCCAAGAUGAUAAAAGAAGAUGAAGAUAUAUCUGUAGGGGUAGCUGCAAUUCGGACCCUCAUGGAAAUAAUAAAACAUUCAAAGUCUGAAACAGUGCAGGAGUUGGAAGCCACAUUAAAGGAUGGUAUACAAAUAAUGAAAUCUUCUACUUAUCCUGUGGCGGCAGUGAAUUCUGGUUGCGAGUUAUUUCUAAGAUUUAUUACUUUGGCAGUUCUGGAUACUAAGACAUUUGAUGAAUGUAAAGCCAUUAUGUUGAACAGGGGGCAUAUUUUUAUACGGAAACUAGAUGAAGCUAGAGGAAAAAUUGUAAAGUUAGCUGCAAAAUUUAUAGAAGACGGUUCAAAAGUGUUGACCCAUUCUAGAUCACGUGUUGUAUUACAGACUUUAAGAAAGGCACAUAAACAAAAUAAAAGAUUUGAGGUGUUUGUCACGAUAUCUGCUCCAGAUAAUAGUGGAAAGCGAAUGUGUAAGGAUUUGGAAGCCGACGGUAUACCUUGUACGUUAAUUCUGGAUUCCGCCAUUGGUUAUAUUAUGGAUCAGGUCAGCUUCAUCAUGGUCGGUGCAGAAGGUGUAGUAGAAAGUGGAGGGAUAGUAAAUAAGAUUGGAAGUAACACUAUAGCGGUAUGUGCCAAAGAAAUGAAGAAACCAUUUUACGUCCUAACAGAAAGUUUCAAAUUUACGAGGCUGUUCCCUCUGGGCCAACAAGAUUUACCCGAAGAGUAUAAGUAUACCUCGGAUGUAAGGAAAAGUGGAGAUACGAAGAAAAUUCACCCCUUGGUGGAUUACACUCCCCCUUCUUAUAUUACACUACUUUUUACAGACAUUGGAAUAUUGACGCCAUCUGCAGUUAGUGACGAACUCAUUAAGCUGUAUUUGUAAAUGCUCUAAACAAAUAAAACAAGUUCUUACAUA